GCUGGGAUGCCACUUCCCCGGCGCCGGCGCUCCUGAUUGGCCGCCCGCGGUAGCCUGAGCGGGGGUCCCCAGGGCCUGGGGAGGGGCAGCCCGUGCCUCUUUCCCUCCCGGCUCUUCCCUCCCUGGUCCUACUUGACCAGCACCCCCGCCACGCAUGCCAAAUAGGCCCUGGUUGCUCUUCAGCUACCUUAUUCUGUGCAGAAUGCCAAAGUGGCUUUUGAUCCUGGCGGCCUCUGUGGUCCUUGGCUUGGUGCAUUCAGAGGAAGAUUCCAGGAAGAAGAGACAUGUGAAUCCUGAAGCAUACAUGAAUAUUAGUGAAAUUAUCUCCUACUGGGGCUUUCCCAGUGAGGAGUAUGAUGUUGUGACCGAUGAUGGCUACAUCCUAAACGUUAACCGAAUUCCACAUGGCAGAAAGAAUGGAUGGGGCAAAGGUCCCCGGCAGGUGGUGUUUCUGCAGCAUGGUUUGCUUGCCGAUUCAAGUAACUGGAUCUCAAAUCUGGACAGCAGCAGCCUAGCUUUCAUCCUGGCUGAUGCCGGUUAUGACGUGUGGAUGGGGAACAGCCGAGGAAAUACCUGGUCCUGCAAACACAUGACCCUCUCGGUCUUCCAGGAUGAGUUCUGGGCUUUCAGCUUUGAUGAGAUGGCAAAACAUGACCUCCCUGCUGUCAUCGACUUUAUCCUGAACAAGACUGGGCAAGAGCAAGUGUAUUAUGUCGGCCAUUCCCAAGGCACCACCAUGGCCUUCAUCGCCUUCUCAAGUUUGCCUCAGCUGGCCAAGAAGAUCAAGAUGUUUUUUGCCCUGGCUCCAGUAGCCACUGUCAAGUUCAGCAACAGCCCCAUGGCCAAGCUGGGGAUUUUCCCAGAUUUGUUAUUCAAGGACAUAUUUGGAAUGAAGCAAUUUCUCCCCGAAAAUCAGAUUUUGAAGUGGCUGGGGACCCAUGUAUGCACCCACAUGAUUCUGAAGGAGCUCUGUGGGAACCUCCUCUUUGUCCUCUGCGGCUUCAAUGAGCGCAACCUGAACAUGUCUCGAGUGGACGUGUACAGCUCGCACAAUCCUGCCGGGACGUCUGUGCAGAACAUGUUACACUGGAGUCAGGCUGUCAGGUCCGGGGAGUUUAGAGCCUAUGACUGGGGAAACCGGGAUAAGAAUUACUUUCACUAUAACCAGACUGAGCCUCCUCUCUAUCCAAUCAAGGACAUGCUGGUCCCAACAGCCGUUUGGAGCGGGAGCCGAGACACUCUGGCAGACACCAAGGACAUGGGCCUCUUACUGACUCAGAUCACCAACCUCGUGUACCACAAGAACAUUCCGGAGUGGGAACACCUGGACUUCAUCUGGGGCAUCGAUGCCCCGGUGAGACUCUAUAGUGAGAUCCUCGACCUGAUGAAGAAGUAUGAAUGAAGCCUCCCAGUGCAGUCUCAGCUCAGACCAUUGGCUCAGGGCCAUGGCAAUCAUUUUGCUGGUUUCUCUGGUCAGUUUGCACUUUCCCAAAGCUUUUUGUACAAUAAGGUGGGGGACCCAUUCUGACCCUGGCCUACUACACACCACUUGUCCGCAUUGCCUUUCAGCCUACUGGGGUGUGGCAAGACACUGUCUUAGGAAAGAUGGCCUUCUUCAGAUCUCUCAGAGUCCUAGAACUUGAGAUCCAGAAGAGGUAUUAGAGCUCGUGGAGUCUGACUUUCCCCCAUUUUAAAGAUGGAGAAGCUGAGGCUCAGAGAUGAAACCAUCAAGUCAAAGCUCUUUGGGCAUUUUUAAACCCUCACAGAUUGGGGUGAAGAUUCUUCAGCCCCCACACCUGUGUUGUUUAUUUGGGGACAGUUUAUAGACAGUCCCCAGGGGACAAAUUCUGCUAGAGCCUGAAACCUCUAAACUCUCAUGUUUCUUGAUGAAUGCCUUAUGGCAAUAAGGCCACUCUCACACUGGAGAAACUUAGGAGCCAAAAGCCACAUUUUGUUUUCCCUUAUGUUUGUAAGGUGGGGUAGUGGUCGCCUGACACUGAGCCUCAGAGAUACCUCUUUGCAGCCCUUUGCUCCUUGCUUUGCUUGCCAAGCCAAACAGAACAGGGCUUGUCCCCUUUCAGUGGGAGGGCCUUCAAAGCUUAGAAACAGCUCCUAUUUCCUCACCACUCUCCUAAACCGCCCCUCCCUCCAGUCCCCCAGGCUCCCAAGUCUUUUCUUUAUCAAGUUAAAAAUCCUCAGCUCUUUCUUUCUUUCUUUCUUUCUUUCUUUCUUUCUUUCUUUCUUUCUUUCUUUCUAUCCCCAGCUCUUUCAAGAGAGACAGCAUGACCUACUGGGCGCAGUGCUGGACUCUGAGUCCUUAAGACCUGGGUUCCUAUCCCACUAUUGGUUCUUACUAGUUGUGUGACCUUGGGCCGAUCACUUAACCUCUCUCUAAGUCAGUAGACCUAUAGACAGACCUCUGAUCUUUAUUAGCUAUGUGAUGUAAGGCAGGUCACUUAACCGCAGAAUCUCAGUUUCCUCAUCUCUAAAAUUAGGGGAAUGACCUUGAAGGCCAGUUUACAUUUUUAAAUCUGUGGGCCUUUUUGGUUUGGUUCCUGCCUUUUAAACAAGCAAAUGGAUGGAAUGGUAGUGACCUCUCCACUAGGGGGAGUGUUUCUGGCCAUAGGCAUUUUUGAUACCAUGGUUGGCAGAUGCCAGAAAUACUUCCUAGACAAGUGAUCUAGUGUCUGAGUAACCUGGAGUGGUCUUGGGGUAACGUAAAACUUACUUGAUUAGUUUGAGGACUGAGACCACUGGACUGUCUGUGCCUAAAACCCCGGGGCUCUCUGCUGGUCCAGGGGCCCCGGAUGCUGUGAACGAGGUGCCCACAUUUCAUUGCUUUGGUGAAAUCCUGAGCAACAUUCACCCCUUCCUCAUUCCCCUGCCAGCUCCCCAAGAAGGGACCCCCUCCUGAUGUCUUGGAACUCGGUGCAGCUUGGAAGCAGCCACUGCUGGCUUUAGCUUUCCUUUUCCUUUUAAAAUGACUGUGGGAAUCUGUCAGGGAGUGCUAGCCUUUGGAUAUUUUUAUUUCAGCUGUAUGGAUGAUUUUCUUGCUUCUGAUUUACAAACAUUUGUGUGUAUGUGUGUUAUGGAUAACCAGGGCAUGGGGGCUUUGAUACUCCUGACAUAAUUUCCUCCUUGAAUUAUAGACUAAACUAGAAUUUAGGGAUACUAGGUUAUGAUGAAAGUUGGGAGGAUGCCCACAUGUUCAAAGGUUAUUUUAUUACUGGCAUGUUGGAAUUGAAAAAAGAUGUGUCCAAUAAAACUGGAUGAUCUACACAGUAA